AUGAAGGAAACCUGCCGGAUCUGCGCCCGGGAGCUGUGUGGCAACCAGCGGCGAUGGAUCUUCCACACAGCAGCCAAGCUGAACCUCCAGGUGCUGCUCUCCCACGUCCUGGGCAGGGAGCUGUGCCGGGAUGGCAAAUCCGAGUUCGCUUGCAGCAAGUGUGCCUUCAUGCUGGACCGCAUCUACAGGUUCGACACCGUCAUUGCGCGCAUCGAAGCCCUCUCCAUCGAGCGCCUGCAGAAACUGCUGCUGGAGAAAGACCGCCUCAAGUUCUGCAUUGCAAGCAUGUACCGCAGGAACAAUGAAGACUCUAGCACAGACGACAGAGCUGGGGAUGGGACUGUGGACCUUUCUAACCUGCCUGAUGUACGGUAUGCUGCCCUCCUUCAGGAGGACUUUGCUUAUUCUGGGUAUGAGUAUUGGACGGAUCAAGAGGAGCACAGCUUGGAGCCACACAGCUGCCAUGCUUCAGAAGGAGUGAGUAACCGCCCGCGGCGCUGCCGUGGCUGUGCCGCGUUGCGUGUGGCCGAUGCUGACUAUGAAGCAAUUUGCAAAGUGCCACGAAAGGUGGCCAGAAGCAUCUCCUGCGGGCUGUCCAGCCGGUGGUCGGCCAGCAUGGGCAACGAGGAGUCAUCUGUGUGUGAUGUGGCGGAGUCCACGAGUGCCAGAGUGCCUGUGGAUGGGGAGAGCAUGGAGGAAGGCACGCCUGCGUCCUCUGUUGAGUCUCUGGACACGACUGUGGAGGCAAGCCCUCCACAGCACAAGGAUGAAGAUGCAGAUAAGGGGGUGAAAGGGAAUGGGAAAUGUGAUGAUUUCUCAGAUGACCGCAUGACCCCAAACUCUUCGCUGAGUGGGAACAGGCUGGAGCUGGCCCUCAGUUUGAUCAAGACUUUGGACUACAAACCCCUUCAGAGCCCCCGAGGCAGCAGGCUACCUAUUCCUGUGAAGUCCAGCUUGCCCCCUCCCAAGCUCAGCCGUGACUUGGCAGAUGGCAGCGCUUCUGCUGGCUUAGCGUGUGCUGGUUCUGCCGUCCUGAAUGCAGACAGAAAAUCCUUUUCCAGAGCUCCUUUGGGCCUUUCCCUGGAGAUUUGUGAACUGCAGGAGCUGUGGGAUGACCUCUGUGAGGAUUAUAUGCCGCUGCGGGUACAGAAUUUGCAGGAUGAACGUCAGCAGCUGGCUCCAGGUGACCCUGCAGCGGGGGAGCAUGUGUCCGAUCUGCAUACUGCAGAGCUGCAGGGCAAAAUCCAGCAGUUUGAAGCUGCCAACAAGUUGUUACAGGAAAAGCUGAAUGAAUUGAAUUUUGAAUUAAAAUCUGUCCAAGAAACAUCACAGAGGCAAGAUCGUACAAUCCAGAAUCUGAACGAGGCCCUGAAGAGCAAAGAGAGUAAGACAGAAGAGCUGUACCGUAUCAUCGAAGGGCAGAAUGAGACAAUGGCCAAGCUGCGGGACAUGUUACAUAGAAGCCAUCUGGGACAGUUGCAGAUAUCAGAGAGCCCACUUUCGUCCCAAGAGCAGCAAACGUCACUGCUAGAUAUUCAGAACACACUUUUCUGCACCAAGCUAGAGGUGCAGAAAAUGAAAAGAGCACAGCGCCAGAAAGAGCAUCAACUGGCUGAAGCCAAGAGAGCAACCCAGCUCCUAGAGACCAUGGUGCAUGAGGAAGAGCAGCAGAAAGAGGCAACGAGGAAACACAACCAGGAGCUGCGUGCUGUGGUACAGCAGCUGCAGGGAGAGCUGCAGGACAAGGCUCAGCAGCUCCAGACUGUGGAGUGGGAGAAAUGCCGUGAGCUGCAGGCCCAGGAGGAGAGAGUUCAGCAUUUGAGUCAGCGUCUGGCUCGCAAGGAACAGCUUUUGCAGGAAUCGAGGGAGCUUCUGCAAUGCCAGCAAAGCCUGGACAAGAGCCCUGCAGCCAUGAAUGCCAUGUUGGAGAAACUGCAGCAGCGAGUCAAUGACAGGGAUGCUGCUCUGGAGCGAGCAGUAGAUGAGAAGUUCUGUGCCCUGGAGAAGAAGGAGCAAGAGCUGCAACAGCUCCGUCUCUCAAUAAGGGAGCGUGGAAGUGACCUAGAGAGACUGCGCAAUGUCCUGUCCAGCAACGAGGCCACUAUUCAUAGCCUGGAGAGCCUCCUGAAAGCCAAAACCCUGGAACUAGAGCAGGUCUCAGCAACCUGCCAAAACCUGCGCUGGCUCAAGGAGGAGAUCGAGGCCAAGUCCUGCAGCAGGCAAAAGGAGCAGGAGGGGAUCAUCCAGCAGCUGCAGACCUGCCUGCAUGAUAGGAACAAGGAAGUGGAGGAGCUUACAGCAACUCUGCUGUGCAAGCUGGGCCCAGGACAGAGUGAGGUAGCAGAGGAGCUGUGCUUGCGUCUCCAGCACAAGGAGAAAAUGCUGCAGGAUCUCCUCAGUGACAGGAACCGUCAGACCAUGGAGCAUGAUGCUGAAAUCCGGGAGCUGCUGCAGGCCCUGAGCACCAAGGAACAGCAGAGCAGAGUGGCUGCUGAGAAGAUGGCGCACGCUUUGACCGAAAGGAGCUGCGAGUUACAACUCCUACGCCAGCACGUGUUGGGGAAGGAGCCUGUCGGGACCCAGUCAGCUGGUGCAAGGCUGUUGAAGCAGGACAAACAGCCCAUACAAGAAAUACUGCAAAGAGCUUGUGGAGCUACAGCCGUUGCCGAACCCCCACAGGGCGACAGCAACUGCAGAACAGAGGGAGUUACAACGUCAGCAGCAGAACUGGAGAAGGAUCUUGUUAAUGCCAAAGAGGAGCUGGCACUAAUGGCGAAGAAGGAAAGGGAAAGCAGGCGGGAGCUCACUGCUCUCCAGUCCGUCGUGGCCACGCAGGAGGAAGAGCUGCAGGUGCAGGCCUCAGAUAUAGAGUCCUUGACCAGGACCAUUCAGAUCAGAGAGGACCUCAUCAAGAAUCUGCAGAUGCAGCUGGUGGAUCCUGAAGAAAUUCCAGCCAUGGAAAGGCUGACACAAGAGGUGCUGGUGCUUCGGGAGAAAGUGGCCAUAGCAGAGUCACGAGGACAGGAGGCUACUGGAAACAGAAGGCAGCAGUUGUUACUGAUGCUGGAAGGGCUGGUGGCUGAAAGAAAUCGGUUAAAUGAGGCUCUCCAGGCAGAGAGGCAGCUCUAUGGCAGCCUGGUGAAGUUUCACAUGCACCCAGACAGCACUGCGAGAGACCACACUCUGCAGGUGGAGCUGGAGGGGGUCCACGAACUCCGGGGACAGCUGGAAGAAGCUCUUGGAAGAAGCUUGGAGCGUUUGAGCAGGCUGGAGACACAGGGCGCCAUAGGAGGUCAGGCCACAGGCGCAGAUGCUGAUGAUGCCAGCGCCAACUUCACCAACAGCAUCAAGGAGGAGGCAGCGCACGGUGCGGCAACCCAGCAUAGCAGCAUCCGGGCCCCUAAGGAAAGUGGGAGCACUGAAAGGACCCUGAUGGGGAGCACAGUACCCGCCGUGCCGGAGCAGGAGCUGCAGGCAGAAAAGGAGCUGCGGGAGUUGAAGGGGCAGCUGGCCGGCUUCUCCUCUGUCUCCCACAUCAGGAAGGCGAUGCUGAGCCUGUGCCUGGAGAAUGCGGAGCUGAAGGAACGGAUGGGUGAAGCCACGUCGCUGCUGGAGAGUGGGGAGCAGGAGGAGGCUGGGCUGGGCAGCCCCCUGGCCCCUGAGCCCCGCAGGCUGCAGCAGAAGAGCCGCAGCACCCUCAGGGACCGCCCAGCUGGCAGCAGUGGGGAUAGCCAGGGGGCAGAGGGCACGGUCCCUGGCAAGGGCUGGCUGGGGCUGGGCACAGAGCUGUGCUCCCAGGUGGCACAGGGCCAAAGGCUGUGCCAGGAGCUGCAGGACAAGCUUGUCGCCUCGGAGGCCACGGUGCGGGCACAAGCUGAGCAGCUGGAGAAGUACCACGUCCUGCUCCCAGGUGAACCCCACGCCCAGCAGCUCAGCAAGCAAGUGCAGGUGGACUUUCAGGACCUGGGCUACGAGACGUGUGGGCGAAGUGAGACUGAGGCUGACCGAGACGAGACCACCAGCCCCGAGUGUGAGGAGCCGGACGUAUUCAGCGAGCCCAGCAUGGGCGAGGAGCCAGGGUCCCCGUGCCGGCCAGGGAUGCUGAAGGCAGGCAAGGCUGCCCGGAAAGCUGUGGCCCCAGCAGACGUGGGCGCCCUGCACCAGCACAUCCAGGACCUCAAGGCACAGCUGCUCAAUGCCAACAAGGUGAUCCAGAGCCUGCAGCGCCGUGCCCGCUCCAUCUCCGUCACCAGCGGCUACGCCCUCACCGACGAGGACGAGGGCUGGCAGUCAGACGGUCACAGCACCCUCUGCCCUCCCGCCCUGCGGGCACACCGUGACCUGCAGCUCCUGGUACGUCGUGUUGCCCUCCUUGAAGCACAGCUGCCCGAAAAAAAAAAGCAGGCGCGGGCCCUCCCCCCCCUGCGCCAGACACUGCGGGAGGGCCGUGGGGUGAGCCGCAGCCUGGCCCAGAACCUGCGCGAUGCCCUGCGGUCCUUUGAGGACCUCCUCCGUGGCACUGACAUCGACUACUACCUGGGCCAGGGCUUUCGGGAGCAGCUGACCCAGGGCAGGCAGCUGGCUGAGAGGCUCAGUGACAAGCUGGGCACCAGAGAUCGACAAGAUGGGGAGGAUAAAAGCAGCCACGAACUCCUGGCACUGAGGCUCAGACGGGAGCUCCAGGAAAAGGAGAAGGUGAUUGAGAGUCUGGAGGCAAAGCUGCAGGAGCGCU